UGUGGUCAGCAUGGCUUUGGCAAGUAGCUGCUUAAGAUAAAGAUUGAGUCUCUGAAGAAAUGAAUUAGAAUAAUAUUAAUUAAAAAAAAUCUAGUGUAAAGGUAUGAUGGAUUAAAAAUUAUAUUUUAUAGGCACACAUGCAUAAACAGCUCUAAAAUGCGUACAUAUAUAUGGUUGAAAGAAAAAAAAACGAAAAGUGCUGCGGAAAUAAAGGCCUGCUGCCUCCACCCGCCUUAAUAUCUUGUUCCGCAAUCUCCAACGUUCGCUCCUGUAUAAGGCUCAAUCCUGAAUCCCCAAUGGCUCCCUCUAAGAAUGCACUUUAUAGCAGAGGAAGUAAUGGCCUCUACAGGCUCUGUAGUGCACUGCGUUGUGCAAUAAGCCGGUUGGAAUACAGCCUUUUUUUUUCUUUUUUUAUCUCGUCGCCUGUUGAACGCUGUUUAUACAGUCUGCCCUCUAGUGGACAAUUAUGAUAUAGCGUUAAGAUUUAUUGAGUGUUUCUCUCUCACACAUACACACACUUUAUUGAUAUUUUUUUGUUUUACAGUGAAUGCUACAAAAAUCACGCCCUUUAGGAUGUGUAUAUUUUUCUUAUUUUAUCUUUAUCUGUUAAUAAAAGUGUCCAGGACGCGCCCCUUCACGAUGAUUGAUGGAACUAUUUAACGUCGAGGAUCAAUAUUCUGAAUUGAGGCGAAGUUCAACGAAUGGCGGCGGUUUUAAUUAGCGGUGACGUAAGCGCGCAUUGACAUGACAGGUGUCUCAAGACAAAAUAAUCAAACGAAAACAUUUGCCACAGAAUCGCCGCCGCUCUGAAGACGAGGACCUUCAGUACCAUCUGUGUUUCUCUCAAGGGAAAAGAGCUUGCAGGAUGAACAGCAGUGGGCCGGUGUACCCUUUGGCCUCGCUCUAUGUGGGCGACCUGCAUCCUGAUGUCACAGAGGCCAUGCUCUAUCAAAAGUUCUCCCCUGCGGGACCCAUCAUGUCCAUCCGCGUGUGCCGGGACAUCAUCACCCGCAGGUCCCUCGGCUAUGCCUACAUCAAUUUCCAGCAGCCUGCUGACGCGGAAUGCGCACUGGACACGAUGAACUACGAAGUGAUAAAGGGUCGUCCAAUCAGGAUCAUGUGGUCACAGCGAGACCCUUGUCUGCGGAAGUCUGGAGUAGGGAACAUCUUCAUCAAGAACAUGGACGAGUCGAUCGACAACAAGGCGCUUUACGACACCUUCUCUGCCUUUGGCAACAUUUUGUCAUGUAAGGUGGUAUGUGAUGAAAAUGGCUCGAAAGGUUAUGGAUUUGUUCACUUUGAGACACAGGAGGCAGCGAAGCGAGCCAUUGAAACCAUGAACGGCAUGCUCCUGAAUGAUCGCAAAGUAAAAGAGGCAGGUAAAGAGCUGGAAAGCAGUCCAGGCCCAGUCUGUCCUUUGGGGAUAAUAAGUCAGCUGUCCACAUUUAGUUUUGUCGGACAUUUUAAAUCUCGUAAAGAGCGGGAGGCAGAGUUUGGUGCAAAGGCCAUGGAGUUUACCAAUGUUUACAUCAAGAACUUUGGAGACGAUUUUGACAAUGAGAGACUGCGCAAUAUCUUCUCUGGAUUUGGUAAGACCCUGAGUGUCCGUGUGAUGACUGAUGAAAAGGGGCGUUCACGUGGCUUUGGCUUUGUGAACUAUGAAAAUCAUGAGGAUGCACAGAAAGCAGUAGCUGAAAUGAAUGGAAAGGAGCUGAAUGGACGAGUUCUGUAUGUGGGCCGGGCUCAGAAGAGACUGGAGAGACAAUCCGAACUCAAACGCAAGUUCGAGCAAAUCAAACAAGAACGCUUAAACCGAUACCAGGGGGUGAAUCUGUAUGUGAAGAAUCUGGAUGAUGGGAUUGAUGAUGAGAAACUGAGAAAAGAGUUUGCCCCCUAUGGAAUGAUCACCAGUGCAAAGGUGAUGACAGAGGGAGGUCACAGUAAGGGCUUUGGCUUUGUUUGCUUCUCCUCUCCUGAGGAAGCCACUAAAGCUGUGACUGAGAUGAACGGCCGGAUCGUCAGCACCAAGCCUCUGUAUGUGGCCCUGGCCCAAAGGAAAGAGGAGCGCAAGGCCAUACUCACCAACCAGUACAUGCAGAGACUGGCCAGCGUGAGAGCCAUUCCUGGCCCUGCUAUGCCCGCUUACCAGCAGAGUUCUGGCUACUACAUGCCUUCCAUACCUCAGCCUCAGGGACGUGCCUUCUACAACACUGUACCAAAUCUACGACCAGCACCACGCUUUGCUGCCCAAGCCCCAAGACCACAGGCUCCUUACUCAGCUCAGACACUGAGGCCGGCGGUGCCACGCAGGACCUCCACCCCCAUCAGCACUGUGCGCCAGGCCUCCACCCAGGCUCCAGGUGUCAACACCCAGAGAAUGGCUCACAUCGGGACUCAGACAGCAGGUGGGCGAACUGUGGGAGGUCCUAUGAUGAGAGGCGUCAGUCAAUACAAAUACUCAAGCGGGGUUCGAAAUGUUCAACAGGUCAUCACUGUACCAGCUCCUGUUCCACAACAGAUGGUGCCUUCUCCAAUUAUGGAGCCCGCAGUUCAUGUAAAAGGUCAAGAGCCCCUUACUCCAUCAAUGUUGGCAGCUGCACCCCUUUUGGAGCAGAAACAACUACUGGGUACUUCUUGCGAACGUCUGUAUCCACUGAUCCAGGCCCUUCAUUGUAACCUCGCUGGCAAGAUCACUGGCAUGCUGCUCGAAAUAGACAACUCUGAACUUCUGCACAUGCUCGAGUCUCCAGAGUCACUACAUGCCAAGGUUGAGGAGGCAGUGGCUGUUCUUCAAGCUCAUCAAGCAAAGGAAGCCUCACCUAAGAAAUAGGGGAUGUUUAUGCAGGCAUGAUCAUCGAAGGUCCAUGGGUUUUGCAGAAGGAGAAAAAAGGGGUGUAAUAAAUAGAAAAGGAUUAGUGGUGGGGGGAGAAUAAUGUAAACACUUUAAAGGCAAUGGCACUUUUGUGAGUAGCUUUUACUCAUGUCAGUACUGGUCUGCACUAAUGUUAUGUUAAUUCUGAGUUUUGUUAUAAAAAAGGAAGGAAAAUGUACAAAAAAUGGAAAAAAAAAAAAAGGGGAAAGAAAACACUCUGUUGUGCAUUAAAAAUAUUUUGGCUUACCCACAACCAAAUUGUCAUCUUGUCUAUUAUAUUGAUGUUUUCACUGGGGAAACAUGGCAUGGCUUUAUUAUAAUCUGUUGAGUGUUACCAGUUCCUAAAACUGCAGGGAGCAAUAUUCACACUUCCAAUACUGGAAGGAUUAAAUCAGUCUGAAAGGCUAAACUUAAUGUAGACAGGCUAAAGACUAACGCUGGUCUGAGCGUGUGGGGGUUUUUA